AUGAAUAUUCAAAUAGAUUAUAAUAAUUUAUCGAUAACAAAAUAAAACUAAUAGCAAAUUGAACAUGAUAUGCUUAAGGAAAAUAUUUUAAGAAAUUCAAAUAAAAGUUAAAUAUUAGAAUCUCCUUCUUAUUAAUUUAAAAUGCCUUAUAAUCCUUAUAUUUUUACUCCAAACAGCAAUAAUAAGAAUUUUAUUUUUUAAAAUUCUCCUUUUCCAUUAUAAAUUUAAGCCACUCCAAAUAAUAAUAAUAAUAAUUUUAUUUUUUAAAGCAAGAACAAAGAAAAUAUUCUCGAAAACUCACCAAAUUUUUACAAUCCUUAAUAAAAAAAUAGAGAAUUUGCAGUUCCUAAAAUGUAUAGAAGUGCAAAUAAACAAAAUUUUACAAAAUCAAAUAAUUUAAUAGAUUAUGCAGCUAAUAUAAUAUCGAAAUAGAUAUAAACAGAAGAUAAAAAUAAAAAAAUAAUAAUUUAAUAACCUAAAUUUAUCAUAGAAUUUAAUGAUAAAAUUUGA